AUGUCCAAAAUACGAAUAUCGUAUUAUAAAAGCGCAAGAACAGCGACCAAAGAGCAGCCCUAUCGACGACCACCCCCGGAUCCAUUUGUCCGUCAUCCCAAAAUCAGAGAAUACCUCCGCCAUCCGACCUGGUCCGUGAAGUCCCUGCUUCCAGACCCUGCUGCUGUAGAGCACCAAGCACCGACGAUGGCCCCAAAAGAACUGCAUCAUCUCCUCCGUCUAUCCGCGCUGCCGCAGCCCAAGGAUGCCGCCGAAGAGUCCUCCAUGCUCAAAACAUUAGAGACCCAGCUACAUUUUGUACGCGAGAUCCAGAAAGUCGAUACCACGGGCGUCGAACCUCUUGUCAGCAUCCGUGAUGAGACCCCACAAGCUAUUGAGGAGAACACGAUCACUCUAGCUGAUUUGCAGGAGGAUCUCGAUGCUGAGGAAAAGGUAGGGAAGAAUGGGAGGGUGAGGAGAGUACCGAGGGAUGAUCCAAAGGCAAAGAAGGCAGAGGACUGGGAUCUGUUCAAGAUGGCUGAGGGCAAGACGAUGGGAAGGUUCUUCGUCGUCAGAAAACACAAGGAAGUGAAGGAAGAUGUUGUCAAGGAGAAGAGUGGGCCUUGA